AGGGUGCUACUCAGCAAACACACUUUGCUGAGGGAGUCACUGCAAUUUCUGACUCCAUGUCUGAAUCAGCAAAGUCCAAAUCAACUCUUCAAAUUUCAGAUACUGCUCCAAGUGCAGUGGACACUGAAAGCAGAGAUGAUGCAACUGGUGACUUUGAAGAGUUCGAUAUCCCCAGCAGUGAUGAGGAUGUUGAUGAAGACAGAAACAAACAGGAUGAAGAUAACAAAGAACAAGAUACUAUUCAGCUUUUGAGUGGAUUGAAAGUUACAAUCCAAUUCAUUGGUCCUGGGUCAUCUCCACGGAACAAUGUAAUUUCCCCCUAUAGCCAUGCUGCUUGGCCAUCCACUCGGGUUGAAGUGGAUGGAUGGAGUGUCUUGAUGCAGGAUAUUCUUUCCACUGCCCAGGAGUAUCUAGGCACUGAUUGGAUUACAACCCCUUCUGCCACAAUUGGAAAGGCUUCCCUUGGGGAACUCAGUAACCUCUGGAAGGUGUGGCAAACUAUGGAGAAGCACGCCCAAUUCAAUGCUUUGAAGGACUCUCACUGUACAACAGCUCACAGCAUUUAUGAGACGCUAGCAAUUGUGAAGGAUACCUACAUGGAGUUCCAGAACAACCCUCAGGCACGUUGUCUUGAAUCAGUAUGGGACAAUGAACCAGUCAAGGACCUCAAGUAUGCAUAUGAUGAUCCAAACUCUGAGACAAAGGUUCAUAGCCUCCAAGAAAUCAUCACAUAUCUCAAGUAUCUCAAGGCAAAUGGGGUGGAGCCAAACCAGAAUAAGAAAUCCAAUGUGUACCUACCUUUCAAAUUGAGGAAUGUUUUCAUUGUCUUUGUACUCCUGUGUUUCCUGCCUAUGGUGUAUGCUUCAACUGCAAUGGGCCUUGCAGAGACAUUCACCUCAGCAACUCCAAGGAUCACGGGCUAUGCUAUGGCUGUUAUUCUUAUUUUCAUCCUGCGCAAUGGGGAAUAUCUCCAUCACCAUUAUCUCCAAUCCCAAGCAACCCUUAAUCCCAACUUUCCAUCUUCAUGGAUACGUCGUCUCAGUGCCCACCUAUUCUCCCAGGACUCACUUGCCCUUCCCCAACUGGACCAAAAGACCCAGAACUAUCUUAUCCUUGAAGCUGCAAAUGGACUUGGGCUUUCACAUGAAUUCCUUUCAGACCCACACCUCAUUCAUCCACAACCAACCCUGUUAGGACCCAGUUAUUUUGACUGCCAAACAAUGUGUGGAUAUAUGGAUGUUGGAGGAUAA